AUGGACUCGUCGCAGGACUUCAAUUCCCUCCAGGAGGGCAUCCAAAAGGCCCUCAUCUCCACCAUCAAGUCCGCCAAUCGCAUCGCGUCCCACGACCUGGCCUUCCAGCGAACCGUCAACCCAGACGUUGCCGAGCAGCUCGACGACCAGACGUCGCGCAUUCUCGACCUCUCGACGCGACUGCUGAGCUCGGCAGCCAAGGCUUGUGGAGUCAAGGCGCCCAAGCUGGAAGAUCCCGAAGAUGUCGACAUGAACUGGCGCAAAGUGGUGGAUGUCGUGGACUCUGUGCUGGAGAAGGCAGACCGGGCUCUAGACGAGUAUACGGGGCUGAUCAAGCAAAGAGAGAAUGGAGACUCGGAUUCCAAUUCAAAGACAAAGCAAGCCAAAUCGACGAGCAAAGUCAUUCGCAACGCCAACGUCAAGAAGCCGCAGUUGGACUUUGAAAUCCCGCCGAACAACUUCCCCAAUGGGCCGUGGAAGCCCCUGUUGACAGAGAAGCCGCACGCCAAGGUGUCUCUUGAAGACAGCCUGGUCACAUUUGUUGGAGACAAUGGAACGACUCAAUAUAAGCAUCCGUAUGAGCCAGAGAUCUUGAGCAUGCAGUACCCCGACCGAGUCUUCCAAGUCCUUGACCCCAUACCCCCCCAACCAGUCGAGACGACCUCAGCCACGUGGGUUGAUACAUACGAAGGCGUUGUCGACAUGCUCCAGGAGCUGAAACAAGCAAAGGAGAUCGCGGUUGACUUGGAGCAUCAUGAUUUCAGAACCUACGUCGGCCUUGUGUCCCUGCUGCAGAUCAGCACCCGAGAAAAAGAUUGGAUUGUUGACACGUUGAAGCCUUGGCGUCACAAGCUCCAGGUGCUCAACGAAGUAUUCGCCGACCCUACCAUUGUAAAGGUCUUUCAUGGUGCGUACAUGGACAUGGUUUGGCUUCAGCGUGACCUUGGGCUCUACGUCAAUGGCCUUUUCGACACAUUCUUCGCAAGCGAUGCCCUGCAUUACUCCAGCAGAAGCUUGGCUUUCCUCCUGUCCAAGUUUGUCAAUUUCGAUGCCGACAAGAGAUAUCAGUUGGCCGAUUGGAGGAUACGGCCUAUCCCUGAAGAAAUGCUGUUCUACGCCCGCUCAGAUACCCACUUCCUGCUUUACAUCUACGACAUGAUUCGAAACGAUCUCGUCAAGGUAUCGGACCGCAGCGACCCCGAUAAGGAUCUCAUUGGUCGUGUGCUGGAGAAAUCGCGAGAGCUUUCUCUUUCACGCCACGAGCAUCCCGAAUUCAACGAAGAGACGGGCGAAGGGUCCAGAGGCUGGUACAACUUUGUCCUUAAGAACUCGCACUUGGGCUACAAGAGUGAGCAGUUUGCAGUUUUCAGAGCGCUCUGGAAGUGGCGAGACGUUACUGCGCGCAAGGAAGAUGAGAAUCCCAAUUUUGUGCUGGGCACAAACAACCUGGUGGAUAUUGCACGCGCCAACCCUCCAGAUGCCAAAGCUCUUCACAGCCUGCUGCCACUUACUGCUGCUCUGGCUCGAUCUCGAGUCAACGAGAUCUGGAGCCAGAUCCAGGAGCUAAAAGCACAGGGUGGACCGACCCUGCUGCAAUUUUUUACAUCUCGUGAUCCGGCGUCAUUACGGCAUAGUGCUGCAGCUCCCCGGGCAACGAAGACGCAGACCUCAACACUGAAAUUGGAGGAAGCAGCCAUAGCGGCCAAAUUGCCGCGCUCGCAGCUCUUUGGAGACGUCGCUCGGUUCGUCGAGGACAUCACAGACUUUGUGCCUGUUGCCGAGCCUGUCCCAGUGGAAGAACCAGUGAAGGAGCCAAUCCCCGCUCCUGAGGUCGAAAAGGACGAAGAGUUCACCUUGCGAAGAGGGCAGAAGAGAAAGUCCGAAGCCAUUGAAAACGACGAGCCUUCACCCAGUGAAGAAGGUGAGUCGGCUUCCGACAAUGAAGAAGACAUGGAGGACGACAACAAAGACAGCAACGCCGUCAUUGAGAUUGAGGCCGAAGACAUACCUCCCAAGGCGGCCAAGAAGGCGAAGAAGCUGGAAAAGAAGAGGAAGCGAGAAGAAGCCAAGAUGGCUCAGGAGCAGCAGCACCUGGAGCUCCGCACCAAGCGGCAAGAGGAGAAGCUUGCCCGCAAAGCGCAGCGGAAGACUCAGCAACAGCAGACGGAUGUGGGAGAGCGCGCCAAGUAUCAAGCUGUUCCUUUCGACUACAGCAAAGCAGCAUCCGUCCUUCAUGCCAAGAGGGAUGAUGCCAAGGCGGCAGCUAUCGAGAACAAGAAGAAGGCGUUUGACCCAUAUGCGAAGACGGGUGACGACGAGAUUAAACCGGCAAGACGGAUGCCACCGAUUCGGGGUGAGAAGAGUGCUACGUUUAAGAAGUGA